UUGUGGCACAGUUCAGCUACAACUGCGGGGAUUAAAUGGAAGCACAUGAUGAGUCAAACCCCGUGAUUUCUCACAGAGUUGGGUCAUGUACACAAUCAUUUCCUCUCCUUCUUUCUUGUCCUUUUCGUCUCUCUCCUGACACCGUAAGCCCACUUCUCUCUCUCUCUCUCCCUCUCUCCCUCUUUCCUCUCUCUCUCUGUCUCUCUCUCUUUCUUUUUUUCGGAUCUCCUCCAGUGCGUCAUGGCAUCCCCUCGGCUGGAGACUUUUUGCUGCCCAAAUCGGGACGCAGCGACUGAGUUCGUGGUCACCUUCCAGCCCGUCCUGUUCGGGGCGUUGAGUCUGGGCAGCGCCGCUCUCAGCCUCUUGUUUGCUGUUUUACAACUUCUACCCAAACGCAAAGGAUACAGGAGACUGGGACAGUAUCCGCUGCCAAGGCCUGCGUCCUCCUCCAGGAUACAGUUCAUCAUCAGUGUAUGUGACAUACUGGGAUGCGCAGGUAUCAUCGUGAGGUCAUCCGUCUGGCUGGGCCUGCCAAACAUCACUGAGCAAAUCUCAGUGGCCAACAGCACUGAUGUGUGGCCGGAGGUCUUCUGUGUCGGCAGUGCUAUGUGGAUCCAGUUGUUUUUCAGCGCCUCUUUCUGGUGGACCUUUUGUUAUGCCGUCGACGUCUUCCUGGUGGUGAAAACAUCUGCAGGAAUCAGCACCAUUAUCCUCUACCACAUGAUCACAUGGGGUCUGGCUGUGCUGUUGUGUGUGGAAGGAGUGGCCAUGCUCUACUACCCAUCCAUCUCAGAUUGCGAGCAAGGCCUCCAGCACGCCAUCCCUCACUACGUCACCACGUACGCACCGAUGCUGCUCGUCCUCGUGGCCAAUCCUGUCUUCUUUAACCGGACCGUAUCUGCAGGUCAGUUCCUCUGA